AUGAAACUAAGUGCCACUCAGAUGGACGUGUACAGGCAGAAGUAUCAUCCAAUGAGCAGCCACUGCAGUCUCCUGGAACAGUGAUGCCAUACAUGCAGUAGAGCACAGAGCCUUUCAGAGGGAGUGGCGAUGAUAAAACAUGUACAGGCAGAACAGAAGAAUCCUCCUCUCAUCCAAUCAACAGGCCUGUCUCUUCUCCUCCUCUAAUCCAAUCAACAGGCCUGUCUCCUCUCCUCCUCUAAUCCAAUCAACAGGCCUGUCUCCUCUCCUCCUCUAAUCCAAUCAACAGGCCUGUCUCCUCUCCUCCUCUAAUCCAAUCAACAGGUCUGUCUCUUCUCCUCCUCUAAUCCAAUCAACAGGCCUGUCUCCUCUCCUCCUCUAAUCCAAUCAACAGGCCUGUCUCCUCUCCUCAGUAGGGGGUCUGUUUUGAAUUUAGAAAACAAUUAUUUAUUUUAAUAACACAACAUUUAAAACGGACCCCCUGCAACUGGACCCAGACAUUUUAUGAGACUCCUGUUUCCACGAAUCAAGGACGAAGACAGCAUCGCAUGUGCUACACCAAACAGUACCUGUCCUGUAACUCCCAGUAAUGGAUACCAAAAGUCUUUGGUACACCAGAUAAUGUGAUUUAACCAAUCUGCAGCUAGUAGUGGGACAUGAGGGAUGAGUCUGUGGGGGUUGUUAGCGCUAUGUGGGAAAACAUAACACAUAGUUACUUCAGUAGUACACGAUACAAUGCAAUGUCAUAUUCCUGUAUACACCCCACUGUAAGCUGUGCACAUGCCAACUAAACGUUGAUUUUUAUUUGAUAACAUAAUAUUGAUGGAAUAUGAGUACAUGAUAACUGAACUCAAUGACUAUUGCCCCGUAGCACUCACCUCUGUCAUCAUGAAGUGCUUUGAGAGACUAGUCAAGGAUCAUAUCACCUCUACCUUACCUGCCACCUUAGACCCACAACAAUUUGCAUACUGCCCCAACAGAUCCACGGAUAACACAAUCGCCAUCGCACUGCACACUACCCUAUCCCAUCUAGACAAAAGGAAUACAUACAGUGGGGAAAACAAGUAUUUGAUACACUGCCGAUUUUGCCGGUUUUUCUACUUACAAAGCAUGUAGAGGUCUGUAAUUUUUAUCAUAGGUACACUUCAACUGUGACAAAAAUCCAGAAAAUCACACUGUAUGAUUUUUAAGUAAUUAAUUUGCAUUUUAUUGCAUGACAUAAGUAUUUGAUACAUCAGAAAAGCUGAACUUAAUAUUUGGUACAGAAACCUUUGUAUGCAAUUACAGAGAUCAUACGUUUCCUGUAGGUCUUGACCAGGUUUGCACACACUGCAGCAGGGAUUUUGGCCCACUCCUCCAUACAGACCUUCUCCAGAUCCUUCUGGUUUUGGGGCUGUCGCUGGGCAAUACGGACUUUCAGCUCCCUCCAAAGAUGUUCUGUUGGGUUCAGGUCUGGAGACUGGCUAGGCCACUCCAGGACCUUGAGAUGGCUGUGUGUUUCGGGUCGUUGUCAUGCUGGAAGACCCAGCCACGACCCAUCUUCAAUGCUCUUACUGAGGGAAGGAGGUUGUUGGCCAAGAUCUCGCGAUACAUGGCCCCAUCCAUCCUCCCCUCAAUACGGUGCAGUCGUCCUGUCCCCUUUGCAGAAAAGCAUCCCCAAAGAAUGAUGUUUCCACCUCCAUGCUUCACAGUUGGGAUGGUGUUCUUGGGGUUGUACUCAUCCUUCUUCUUCCUCCAAACACGGCGAGUGGAGUUUAGACCAAAAAGCUAUAUUUUUGUCUCAUCAGACCACAUGACCUUCUCCCAUUCCUCCUCUGGAUCAUUCAGAUGGUCAUUGGCAAACUUCAGAUGGGCCUGGACAUGCGCUGGCUUGAGCAGGGGGACCUUGCGUGCGCUGCAGGAUUUUAAUCCAUGACGGCGUAGUGUGUUACUAAUGGUUUUCUUUGAGACUGUGGUCCCAGCUCUCUUCAGGUCAUUGACCAGGUCCUGCCGUGUAGUUCUGGGCUGAUCCCUCACCUUCCUCAUGAUCAUUGAUGCCCCAUGAGGUGAGAUCUUGCAUGGAGCCCCAGACCGAGGGUGAUUGACCGUCAUCUUGAACUUCUUCCAUUUUCUAAUAAUUGCGCCAACAGUUGUUGCCUUCUCACCAAGCUGCUUGCCUAUUGUCCUGUAGCCCAUCCCAGCCUUGUGCAGGUCUACAAUUUUAUCCCUGAUGUCCUUACACAGCUCUCUGGUCUUGGCCAUUGUGGAGAGGUUGGAGUCUGUUUGAUUGAGUGUGUGGACAGGUGUCUUUUAUACAGGUAACGAGUUCAAACAGGUGCAGUUAAUACAGGUAAUGAGUGGAGAACAGGAGGGCUUCUUAAAGAAAAACUAACAGAUCUGUGAGAGCCGGAAUUCUUACUGGUUGGUAGGUGAUCAAAUACUUAUAUCAUGCAAUAAAAUGCAAAUUAAUUACUUAAAAAUCAUACAAUAUGAUUUUCUGGAUUUUUUUAGAUUCUGUCUCUCACAGUUGAAGUGUACCUAUGAUAAAAAUGACAGACCUCUACAUGCUUUGUAAGUAGUAAAACUUGCAAAAUCGGCAGUGUAUCAAAUACUUGUUCUCCCCACUGUAUGUAAGAAUGCUGUUCAUUGACUAUAGCUCAGCAUUCAACUCCAUAGUACCCUCCAAGCUCAUCAUUAAGCUCGAGGCCCUGGGUCUGAACCCCACCCUGUGCAACUGGGUCCUGGACUUCCUGACGGGCCGCCCCCAGGUGGUGAAGGUAGGGAACAACAUCUCCACUUCGCUGAUCCUCAACACUGGGGCCCCACAAGGGUGUGUGCUCAGCCCCCUCCUGUACUCCCUGUUCACCCAUGACUGCGUGGCCAAGCAUGCCUCCAACUCAAUCAUCAAGUUUGCAGACGACACAACAGUAGUAGGUCUGAUUACCAACAACGACGAGACGCCUACAGGGAGGAGGUGAGGGCCCUGAAAGAGUGGUGCCAGGAAAAUAACCUCUCUCUCAACCUCAACAAAACGAAGGAGCUGAUCGUGGACUUCAGGAAACAGCAGAGGGUGCACCCCCCUAUCCACAUCGACGGGACCGCAGUGGAGAAGGUGGAAAGCUUCACGUUCCUUGGCGUACACAUCACCAACAAACUGAAAUGGUCCACCCACACAGACAGUGUGGUGAAGAAGGCGCAACAGCCUCAGGAGGCUGAAGAAAUGUGGCUUGGCCCCGCCUGGUAUGGCAACUGCACUGCCCACAACCACAGGGUUGUAGAAACAUCUCAAGGAUGAUCAAUGGAAACAGGAUGCACCUGAGCUCAAUUUCGAGUCUCAUAUCAAAGGGUUUCGAAAGGGUCCAAAUACUUAUGUAAAUAAGGUAUUUCUGUUUUUUAUUUUUUAUAAAUUAGCAAACAUUUGUAAAAAACCUGUUAUCGCUUUGUCAUUAUGGGGUAUUGUGUGUAGAUUGAUGAGGGAAAAAAACAAUUUAAUACAUUUUAGAAUAGCGUAAAAAAUGUAGAACAUUUAUAUUUACAUUUUGGUCAUUUAGCAGACGCUCUUAUCCAGAGCGACUUACAGUUAGUGUAUAAAUUUUUUUUAAAAUCAUACCCCCUGUGGGAAUCGAACCCACAACCCUGACGUUGCAAACGCCAUGCUCUAUCAACUGAGCUACAUCCCUGCCGGCCAUUCCCUCCCCUACCCUGGACGACGCUGGGCCAAUUGCACGCCGCCCCCUGGGUCUCCCGGUCGCGGCCGGCUACGACAGAGACUGGAUUCGAACCAGGAUCUCUAGUGGCACAGCUAGCACUGCGAUGCAGUGCCUUAGACCACUGCGCCACUCGGGAAGAAGAAGUGAAUCCUGAAUUGAAUGUUGAAGAACAGGUCUGAAUACUUUCAGAAGGCACCGUAUAUACACCAAGUGUACACAACAUUAAAAACUACCGCUCUUUCCAUGACAUAGAAGACCAGGUGAAUCCAGGCGAAAGCUAUUAUCCCUUAUUGAUGUCACUUGUUAAAUCCACUUCAAUCAGUGCAGAUGAAGGGGAGGAGACAGAUUAAACAAGGAUUUUUAAGCCUUGAGACAAUUGAGACAUGGAUUGUGUAUGUGUGCCAUUCAGAGGGUGAACGGGCAAGACAAAAUAUUUAAGUGCCUUUGAACGGGGUAUGGUAGUAGGUGCCAAGCGCACUAGUAUGUAAACAUUAUUAAAGUGACCAGUGUUCAAUGACUAUCUACAUAGGGCAGCAGUCUCUAAUGUGCAGGGUAGAGUACCGGGUGGUAGCCGGCUAGUAACAGUGUCUAAGGUUCAGGGCGGGCUGGCUAGUGGUGACUGUUUAACAGUCUGAUGGCCUGAAGAUAGAAGCUGUUUAUCAGUCUCUCUGUCCCAGCUUUGAUGCACCUGUACUGACCUCGCCUUCUAGAUGGUAGCAGGGUGAACAGGACGUGGCUCGGGUGGCUGAGGUCGUUGAUGAUCUCCUAGAUGGUAGCAGGGUGAACAGGCAGUGGCUCGGUUGGCUGAGGUCGUUGAUGCUCUUCUUGGCCUUCCUGUGACACCGGGUGCUGUAGAUGUCCUGUAGGGCAUGAGCUAUGCCGAGAAUACAGUAUUUAAACAGUACAAAACCCCAUAGCAAAAUGGAUAGAUGCUUUGUGCUGACUGCACCACCCUCUGGAGAGCCCUGCGGUUGCGGAUGGUGCAAUUGCCGUACCAUGCGGUGAUACAGCCCGACAGGAUGCUCUCGAUGGUGCAUCUGUAAAGGUUUGUGAGGGUCUUAGGGGCCAAGAUGAAUUUCUUCAGCCUGCUUUUACGCCUUCGGUGUGAAGGGUCCAAUUGUGCUGUCGGUGUGAAGGGACCAUUUCAGGUUCUCAGUGAUGUGCACAGUACAGAGUGCAUGCAGAGGAACUUGAAGCUUUUGACCCUCUCCCUGUCAAUGUGGAUGGGGACGUGCUCUCUCUGCUAUCUCAUGUGUCCCGACCACUCCUUUGUUUGUUCAUUGAGGAGAGGUUAUGUCACCUGCCACCUGCCGCCAGUGUUACCUCCUCCCUGUACUGUCUGCGUUGUGGUAAUCAGGCCACACUGUGUGUCGUCAGCAAACUGAUGAUGAAGUUGGAGGCACGCAGCAUGGUGAAUAGGGAGACACAGGGGUGAGCACGCACCUGUGGCCCCGGUUGGCAGUGUUGACCUCCACCACCGGGGUCACCUAUCUCUAGACCCGUUGCACAGGAGGGUUAUUCAGCAUUCUUGAUUCCAGGUGGGAUAGGGCAGUGUGAUUGUGAUUGAGCAUUAGUCCGGGGAUCAGGUUCGGUCGGGGAGGAUAUGAUCCUUAACUAGCCUCUCAAAGCUACGUCAGGAUGAACAGAAGUGAGUGCUACUUUAUGAUAGUCAUUUAGUUAAGUUACAUUCACUUCUUUGGGUACAGGCAACAAUGGGUGACAUUUUGAAGUAAGUGGGCACAACAGACUGGGAUAGGGAGAGAUUGAAUAUGUCCGUAAUAUACUCCAGCCAGCUGGUCUGCACAUGCUUUGAGGACACGGCUUGGGAUUGGCCGUCUGGGCCGGAAACGAGAGUGUUCGAUUGCCUUACGGAGGGCAUAGCUGGACUGUUUGCACUCGUCCAUGUUCCCAGUUACCGUGGUUAAAUGCAGUGGUUCACAUUUUCAAUGUUGCAUGAAUGCUGCCACCUAUCCACAGUUUUUGGUUUGGAUAAGUUCUAAUUGUUACAGUAGGAACAGCAUCCUCUAUGCACUUCCGGAAGAACCCAGUCACUGAGUCGGUGUAUACGUUGACACUAUUCCCAGAGGCGACCUGGAAUAUUUCCCAGUCUGCGUGAUGAAAACCUUAAAGAAUAGAUUUCGAUUGGUCAGAUCAAUGUUGAACAGUCCUUACCACAGGGGGCCUUCCUGUUUAAGUUUCUGCCUAUGGGUGGGGAGGAGCAGGAUGGAGGCGUGAUCUGAUUUGCCGAAGGGAGGGCGGGGAGGGCCUUGUAGGAAGGGAGAGUAACAAUGAUCAAGCGUGUUCUCUCCGCGUGUAGCGUGUUCUCUCCGCGUGUAGCGUGUUCUCUCCGCGUGUAGCGUGUUCUCUCCGCGUGUAGCGUGUUCUCUCCGCGUGUAGCACAGGAUAUGUAUUAAUAGAUUUUCGGGAGUGUUCUCCUCAGAUUUCCUUUAUAGUCCACAGCUACAAUAAAUACUGGAUAUGCGGUUUCCAGUUUGCAUAAAGUCCAGUGUAGUUUCCUUGAGAGCCGUCUCAAUGUCGGAUUGGGGGCGAAUAUACACAUCAGUGACAAUAACCAAAGAAAAUGAUCUUGGGAGGUAAUGAAGUCGGCAUUUGAUGGUGAGGUAUUCCAGGUCGGGAGAACAAAAGGACUUGAGUUCCUGUAUCAAUCAAUCCAAAAGUUGUUAAUCAUGAGACAUACCCCUCAAUUCAUUUGAUGAUAUAGCAGUAGCAAUAGAAGGAUAUACAGUGAGGGAAAAAAGUAUUUGAUCCCCUGCUGAUUUUGUACGUUUGCCCACUGACAAAGAAAUGAUCAGUCUAUAAUUUUAAUGGUAGGUUUAUUUGAACAGUGAGAGACAGAAUAACAACAAAAAAAUCCAGAAAAACGCAUGUCAAAAAUGUUAUAAAUUGAUUUGUAGUUUAAUGAGGGAUCAUGUGACAGAUCAUGUGACACUUAGAUUGCACACAGGUGGAUUUUAUUUAACUAAUUAUGUGACUUCUGAAGGUAAUUGGUUGCACCAGAUCUUAUUUAGGGGCUUCAUAGCAAAGGGGGUGAAUCCAUAUGCACGCACCACUUUUCCGUUAUUUAUUCUUUAGAAUUCUUUGAAACAAGUUAUUUUUUUCAUUUCACUUCACCAAUUUGGACUAUUUUGUGUAUGUCCAUUACAUGAAAUCCAAAUAAAAAUCAAUUUAAAUUACAGGUUGUAAUGCAACAAAAUAGGUAGAACGCCAAGGGGGAUGAAUACUUUUGCAAGGCACUGUAUAUGCAAAUAAGCCAUUUGCCAUCAUUCACUUUGAAUUCACAAAAUACACCUGGAUGGAUUUCUACAGGGGUCCUUUUACAUUUGGGAACUUUACAGUCCUAUUGAUCAAACAACCAUGAAAAGGUAGGCUCUCUCUCCCUCAGUUAUGCACAUCAUCAACAACAAGAUCAACAACCAGAGAAAGAGAAAGAUUAGCUAAACCCUCUCAAACUUUUUAGCUAGUUGGUCGUCAAAAUUGCACUGAUAAACGAUGGGUAAUUGUAGCCUGCUCGUCCUUCUGCAGCUUGCAUGCUGGUCCCAACUAAUGAUGUGUAUUAACCCUGGAUGACUGAAAGGGGGCGCUGUAUUGAAGCCACCGCGCAGCCAUCUUGGUACUCAAUCAUAAAAAAGAUUUUGGAAGCUAUAGAAAUGCAUUUAUUAAUGUCUACAUUAGUUUUUGACACAUUUAUUUUACUACAGCCACUUAAUGCAUACUUUUAAAUAUAUUUCCAUAAAGUAUUCUUUUUGUAGAGUACUAAUGUUAUUACAUUACCUACCGGACUAUUUGCACUGCCCCCCCACCCCAUUCUUUUACAUAUUACCUCAACUACCUCAACUAGCCGGUGCCCCCGCACAUUGACUCUGCAACGGUACCCCCCUGUAUAUAUAGCCUCCCUACUGUUAUUUUAUUUGACUUCUGCUCUUUUUUUCUCAACACUUUUUUUGUUAUUGUUUUAUUUUUACUUCUUUGUUAAAAAUAAAUGCACUGUUGGUUAAGGUCUGUAAGUAAGCAUUUCACUGUAAUGUCUGCACCUGUUGUAUUCGGCGCAUGUGGGCGAUAGGAUUUGAUUUGAUUUGAUUAUCCCCACUACAACAAGAAAAUACUUAAAUACAUGAAAUUUUGUCCUUGAAACAAUUAAUUUAAAUGGAAUUCCAUUCAUUCCUAUGGAAGACUGCUCCAAUAUGGCCGACCUGUGGCUUCAAAGCCUCUCAAUGGCCAAUACAUAACGUCAGCAAUACAGGGUUUAUAUACAUCAUUGGUGCCAACCCACGUUUUGUAAACUGAAUGGGGACUUCUUCUUCGAUGAGGUUUAACGGCGGUUGGCAUCCAAUAAAUGUUGCAUUACCGCCACCUACUAGACUGGAGUAUAACUCCCUUAUAUUCUGCUUUAAAAAUAUAUAUAAUACAAAUAAAAAAUAAGAUAUUAUUAUUAAUAAUGAUACAAAUAAUACUAAUACCCUACCAUCUAACACUACACUCACAAAACAUAAUAAAAAAUAAUAAAUACCAUUCUCCACUAUUUAAAUCUAUUUAUUCCUACCUCGGGCUAACAGUCUGAAAGGAUGGGACACCACCACUUAACACACCCUGUAACUCUUCUGAUGUCAAGUCUCGGCCACCCAAAUACCUCUCUGCAGCUGCCACCACAACCUCUAUUUUCUGCGACUUAUGUUCCAUCCCUGCAGUACAGUUGAUAACCAUUGCUAUAAAUGGCUAAAAUCCAAUCUUACUGAAACAUAUAUAACUUGUUGGUUUAUCCCUCUGUACUGGUACAGAUCUACAACGCACACCACUCCUCUCAGGAUCCCUCCCCCUUGACCCAUCUUCCUCUACUUCCUUCACUGCCUCCGCAUAUGACAACUUCUGCUCUAACCCUGGAAACCUCAAUCUGCCUCUCUCGCACCGGACAUUUCUGAUCCCCAGCCCCAUGGCCACCCCUACAAUAGCACACACUACUUUCCCCAAUGCUGCACAUUCCUUUGUCUCAUGCCCUUCUGCACACUUCUCACACCUAAGAACCUCCCACCUACACACUGCUGCCACAUGCCCAUAAGGUUGACACCUGUAACAACGUAAUGGCACAAAAGCUCAUACCGGAUAACUUAUAUAUCCUAACAUCACUUUGUCGGGCAAAGACUCUACAUCAAAACUCAAAAGAACAGACAAUGACUCUUCUGUUUCUCCACUCUCGCCACCCUGUCUGCGUCGCACCAAACGACGAGCAUCACAAACACCGGGAAUCUUCCCCUUCAGUUGGUCAGCUUUCACAUUUACCGCUACCCCAGUAAUCACUCCUUUCAAUGGAGCCCUUUUCUUGAGAGCAAAACAGUUCACAUCUCUUGUCCCCAUUCGUUUAACACGGAGCGCCUUCUCCCUCUGAUCAGCAGAAACACAAACAAUUAUCACCAGACCACUUCUGGUUACCCUCACCGAUUCCACAGCACCCAACUCUGUUUUCACCCAUCCUGAAACCACAAAGGGAUCAGCCAAAAGGCAAGGGUCCACUUUUUCCAAAACCUUCACUCCUACUGUCACAGACUCAUCUUUAUCCUGACCCUCUGUGCUAGCCUCGGGCUCCGAGCACUUCACCACACCUACCACCUCCGAUACUUCACCACACCUACCACCUCCAAGACUUCACCCUCAUUCUCUUCCAUUUCUCCUCCUGUCUUCAACUCACCCUACUUACAUUUUCUACCAUUCUUCUUUAACAAACCUUCUCCCUUUUUUCCGCAAUUUUUAACCGACUCAAGCUCCCCCUCUUCCUCCCUCUCUCUCUUAGACCUCCUCUGCCUCUCCUUUUCCCUCCAUUCCUCCUCCGUAUUCCAAGUAUAACUCUCCUUGUGAUAAUAUUGCACUUCUCCUGACAUACAUCCUGUUCUCGCCUUCACAAGGGAUACCAUUUAACCAGCUGUCACAAUCUCCGUCCAAUCAGCACCAACCCCUCGGGAUGUCAGGUUUGAGCCUUGACAAAAUACCUUUGUAUAUAUAUACCCCUGGGGAUGUAGCGCUCAGCAGUGCAUCCCACUUGUAAAUCAGCUGCUUCGUCUUGAUGUUCUUCUUUAUCAAUAGCUACUGCGACGCUUUUCCGUUUCAAAUAAGCGCGCUCUCUUUCUCCCGGAUUCGCUCAGUUCGCUCUCGCCUUGGUCCAGCUGUGAUUUACAACCUGAUAGCAAUAUCUGUAGGACUACCAAGAAAUGUAUUGGUGAAUUAUAUUAAUCAUGCAUUGAACUGCAUCCUUCUGUUCUGACAACAAUGCCUUACUGUACGUCAUGAAAUUUUUAGUGAAAUAAAACUUAUUUUUUUAAACUUUGUAUAAAGUUGGUUUUGUAGCAUAAACUGGUAAUUUCAUAUUUUUGACUGAUAUGAUUGUCUGUUUCAUAUCUGCAAAGCAGUUAAAACGUUGUCUUUUCCACUUUAAGGCAUGCAUAUCUCCCACACAAAUUCUGACUCAGUGGGUGGAGACUGAGGGGAGAGCUUUAUUAUAGGUUCUAGAACUACAUGUAGAACCUCCCUGAGUUAUUUAAGCACCACACCCAUCCCAAGCCACAAAGACUGGACUAUUCUACACCACUACAGCUCAGCUCGCUUCAGCACACUCAGGUAAGCUGACACUUCCUUUACGUUCAUUACAAUCGAUUUACCAAACAAAUGGCUUCAUCUGGCUCUUGGAAGGAUUUCUAUCAUUACCAUUAAAAACUAUCUGUGUGAGCUUUUGUUUUGCUUGUAGGGGACUAAACCCAAGUUAGAUUCACAGUGUCGUCAUUCGUUGUAUCAGUUUAUCUUAUCUUCGUGUCCAGUAGAAGAUAUAUACGUUCAGGGUGCAGUCUUUUCUCUGUCUGAACAGUCCUGAGAAGGCAGUGAUUCAGCCGUGCUACCUUCCUGAGACAGAGCUCUCUGCUGCUAGCUCCAGGGUGUGUCUGUGCUGGAUGUCUGCCAAAUGGGUUAGGGUGUGGUAGUAGGGUUAGGGUUGGUUAGGUGUAGUAGUGGGGUUGGGUGGUAGGGGUUAGGGGUUAGGGUGUGGUAGUGGGUUAGGGUGGGUAGUUAGUAGUAGGGUUAGGGUUGUGUGGUAGUAGGGUUAGGUGUAGUAGUAGGGUUAGGGUGUAGGGGUUGGGUGUUGUAGUGAGGUUGGGUGUUUGUAGAGUAGGGUUAGUGUAGGGGUUAGGGUUGUGGUAGUGUGGGGGUAGGGUUGUUGGUAGUAGGGUUGGGUUGGUGUGUAGUCGUGUGGGUUCGGGUGUAGUCGGGGUUGGGUGGUGUCGUCGGGUUAGGUGUCGGUGUAGUUCGGGUGUCGUUGGUUGUGGUAUGGGUGUCGUGUGGGUUAGGGGUGGUCGGUUCGGGUUCGUCGUCGGGGUUCGGUGUCGUCGUCGGGUUCGGUGUGGGUGUCGGGGUUCGGGUGUCGUCGUCGGGGUUCGGUGUCGUCGUCGGGGUUCGGGUGUGGUCGUCGGGGUUCGGGUGUGUCGUCGGGUUCGGGUGUCGUCGUCGGGGUUCGGGUGUGGUCUCGGGGUUCGGGUGUGGCUGUCGGGUUCGGGUGUCGUCGUUCGGGGUUCGGGUGUGGUCGUCGGGUUGGGUGUGUCGUCUGGGGUUCGGGUUGUCGUUCGGGGUUCGGGUGUGGGGUUCGGGGUUCCGGUGUGUCUGUCUUAGGGGUUUGGUGGUGUCGUCGAGGGUUCGGGUGUGGUCUUCGGGUUCGGGUGGUGGUCGUCGGGGUUCGGGUGUGGUAGUAGGGGUUAGGGUGUGGUAGUAGGGGUUAGGGUGUGGUAGUAGGGGUUAGGGUGUUCGUCGUCGGGGUUCGGGGUUCGGUGUGGUCUCGGGUUCGGGUGUCGUCGUCGGGGUUCGGGUGUCGGGGUUCGGGUGUGGUCGUGGGGGUUCGGGUGUCGGUGUUGGGGUCGGGUGUGUGGUCGUCGGGGUUCGGGUGUGGUCGUCGGGUGUUCGGGUGUGGGUUCGGGGUUCGGGUGUGGUCGUCGGGGUUUGGGUGUGGUCGUCGGGGUUCGGGUGUCGUCGUCGGGUUCGGUGUCGUCGUCGGGGUUCGGGUUCGGGUGUGGUCGUCGGGGUUCGGGUGUCGUCGUCGGGGUUCGGGUGUCGUCGUCGGGGUUCGGGUGGUCGUCGUCGGGGUUCGGGCUUCGGGUGGUGGUCGUCGGGGUUCAGGGUGUGGUCGUCGGGGUUUGCGGUUCUGUGGUUCGGGGUUCGGGUGUACGUCGUGGGGGUUAGGGAUUAGGGUGUAGGGUUAGGGGUUAGGGUUAGUUCUCUGUGCUAGUUAGUGUUUCAUCAGGAUGUGUCUAGGCUGGUUGUCUGCCAGAUGGGUUACGGAAUAAUAGUAGAUAAACUGUGUUACUGCUAGUUAGUCAUUUUGAUAAAAAGACAGAGGGCUUGCUGCCUUAGAUAUCAACAGAAAGAUGAUUGGUUCAGAGAGACGCUGCAGUCAGUAGAAGAAUGUAAUAAUCUCCUGAGAGAACCAAUAAGACCUUUGGAUCGUCUCAUAGUUACCCAACUCCCAGUGAAGGUGUGGUGAUCAGGAGAUUAAACUACAUGGUUUCUCAACCAGGCUCUAAAACAAUCAACACUUCUCAUCCCCCUCUACAGGACAGUCAACAUGGCGCUGGUAUCUGAGUUUCUGGGACAACUGUCUCUUAAUGUGGGGGUAAGUAGCAUUGCUAUUGAUGUUUCAAUGUUGGUGUUAAACUCCAGUAGAAAAUUACACUAUAGUACUCCUACUCCUGUAACAGUGCCCAUCAAUCUUCUGGUAAUUAUGUUUUCUGAAUCUCCAGUCCUGUGAGCCCAAAUACCCGACUGUCGUUCCUGAUAUUAAACUAUAUUAAUAUAAACUAUUAUAUAUUACAGUCCUGUGAAUCCAAAUACCCGACUGUCGUUCCUGCCCCUGACUUCGAUCCAGACAAAGAUGCAGCCAGAAUAGAGACGGCUAUCAAGACGAAGGGUAAGAGACACAUAUAAGAUGAAGAAUAACACGUCUGUUUGUUCUGCUGUACAGCUGGGUUUAAUCCUGGCUGGGUUUAAUCCUGGCUGGGUUUAAUCCUGGCUGGGUUUAAUCCUGGCUGGGUUUAAUCCUGGCUGGGUUUAAUCCUGGCUGGGUUAGAGUCUGGGUUUAAUCCUGGCUGGGUUAGAGUCUGGGUUUAAUACUGGCUGGGUUAGAGUCUGGGUUUAAUCCUGGCUGGGUUAGAGUCUGGGUUUAAUCCUGGCUGGGUUAGAGUCUGGGUUUAAUACUGGCUGGGUUAGAGUCUGGGUUUAAUCCUGGCUGGGUUAGAGUCUGGGUUUAAUCCUGGCUUGGUUAGAGUCUGGGUUUAAUCCUGGCUUGGUUAGAGUCUGGGUUUAAUCCUGGCUGGGUUAGAGGCUGGGUUUGACCCUGGCGGGGUAAAAAAGCAUCCAUGUGGCAACAGUCUGUGGUAUUUGUGAGUCAGCUUCCUGACUGAACUGGGAAUGUUCCCAAGGCAAUGCCUCAGUACUGGCAGCAGCCUCAUAUCACCAGUUAGUGGCAUCUAGACAAGCUAGUUCCCUACAAACUGGAAGAUACAACCCAGCUACCAGAGUGGCAUAAUGGAUAGCCAGUUCACUAUCAUUUAAUGCCUAACCACUGAAGACUUCAUCAUCAAGCAACAUUUCUAUUCAGAUUUACUGAUAUCAUUUUAUUCAGUGAACAAUGUCUCGUUAUCUAGAACAAUGUCCAGUUAUUCCUGAAUGAUCUGAUGUUAUGUAUAUCUGGGAUGUCACCUCAGGAGUGGAUGAAGCGACCAUCAUCAAUGUUCUGACCAAGAGGACCUACAGCCAGAGGAGAGAGAUCGCGUUCGCUUAUGAGAGGAGAGCCAAGAAGGUACAGGUCAACUGACUCAACCAAUCAGAUAAACUAGGGUCAACUGGCUCAACCAAUCAGAUGACCCUUCACUGAGGAUCUAAUGUCACGUGAACUGUCAUGACACCUGUGAGGGAUCUGUCUCUUCUGUUCUGUCACUCUAGCAUGUUCUGUCUCUUCUGUUCUGUCACUCUAGCAUGUUCUGUCUCUUCUGUUCUGUCACUAACAUGUUCUGUCUCUUCUGUUCUGUCACUCUAGCAUGUUCUGUCUCUUCUGUUCUAACUGUAGCAUGUCCUGUAUCUAACUAACAUGCUCUGUGUUUCUCUCCUGUAGGAUCUGGUGACAGCCCUGAAGGGGGCUCUGUCUGGGUCUCUGGAGACUGUGAUCUUAGGUCUGAUGAAGAGUACAGCUCAGUAUGAUGCCUCCGAGAUCAAAGGAUCCAUUAAGGUACAGGACACUCCCUUUCAAUCAACCAAACCUGUACUGCCCUCUCCUGGUAGCAUGUCCACAGUAACUAACCCUUUUAUCAUCUGAGAGCUGUGUCGUGGUAUGUACUGCCCUCUCCUGGUAGCAUGUCCACAGUGCAGUUGGGUGGGAUAAUGGCCACUGGAGAUAAAACAGACAUUAUAAUAUAAUCCUGACCUUAUAGUACAAUGUUCUGGUAAUGUAACAUCCCUGUGUAUCUUCAGGGUCUAGGAACGGACGAGGAGGUGCUGAUAGAGAUAGUCUGUUCUCGCAGCUCCUCAGAAUUGGCUGAGAUUAAGACGGUCUACAAGGAACGUGAGUCUGAACCCACCCUACAGUUAUGAUAUAUGAUGUUAUAUUUCUAUGUCUGAAAGCUGCCAUCAGCAGGACUAUCUUACCUAGUACCACGUUACGUUUUUAGACAACACUGAGUUUUAGGCUUGUGGGAAAAUGAUGAUGUAGCUGAAUGUAUCAUGUUGUCCUUUGUAAUAUGAAUGUAUCUGAUAUAUCUAAUCAAUCCUUCCACCCCCCCCACCCCCCCCCCCCCCCCCCGCCCCCCCCCCCCCCCAAAAAAAAAAAAAAAAACAUAUUGUAAAGUGGUUAUCCCACUGGCUAUAAGGUGAAUGCACCAAUUUGUAAGUGGCUCUGAAUAAGAGCGUCUGCUAAAUGACGUAAAUGUAAUGUAAAUGCAUCUAUCUCCUCAGUGUUCAAGAAGGAUCUGGAGAAGGAUGUGGCUGGAGACACCUCAGGAGACUUCGCCAAGCUGCUGCUGGCUCUGGUCCAGGUACGACCCUAACUAACCCCGGUCCAGGUACGACCCUGACCCUAACUAACCCCGGUCCAGGUAUGACCCUAACUAACCCCGGUCCAGGUAUGACCCUAACUAACCCCGGUCCAGGUAUGACCCUAACUAACCCCGGUCCAGGUAUGACCCUAACUAACCCCGGUCCAGGUAUGACCCUAACUAACCCCGGUCCAGGUAUGACCCUAACUAACCCCGGUCCAGGUACGACAGCUAACAGUAACUUGUCUGUAAUUGAUUUGAUAAAGUUACACGCUGUAUUUAAUUGAUCCUGUUUGUAUUCUACGUUGCCAGGCCAGAGGGCAAAACCCUCCAGUGUGGUGACCUAUAGAAGUAGUGAAUAAUCCAGGUAAGACCCAAUACCUCUGUCCUAUGGCUACAUCAACCAUCUCUAAACAUCUAUAAUGAUAACCCCGAGCUGUUGAAAAGUAGUCAGUAUCACUACAAUAAGGAGUUUAUACAUAAUGGUGUCUAGGUAUGAUAAGCAGGCCCUGUUGUUCAUUGGGUAAGCCCAAUUACCUACGGUCAUAUAUAAUGGUAUGUCAGUUAUGCCUACAAGGUCCUCGUAUGUUUAAGUUAUACGGCAAUAUAAUAUGUCUCCAGGCCAUGACCUAACUGAUACCCCGGUUCAGGAUGUCCCUCUACCCAAGGUCACCUGGAGACCUAACUAACCCCGGCAGUAAAGACCUACCUGGAGACUGACUAACCCCGGCAAAGGUACAACCUGACGACUACUAAACCGCCAGGUCCAUACUGAACCUAACACCUGCAAGGUCCAUAUGACCUAACUAAGCCAUAUGACCCUACUAACCCCGCAGGAUGCCUAACUAACCCCGGUCCAGGAUGACCCAACAACCGGCAGUAUACCUAACUAACCCGUCCAGGAUGACCCUAACUCAACCCCGGUCAGUAGCCCUAAAUAACCCCGGUCCCCGGUAUGACUAAUAACACCCGGUCCAGUAAACGGACCCUACCCUAAUAAAACCCCGGGUCCGGAGACCCUGACCCUAACUAACCCCGGGCAGGUAGACCCUAACUAACCCCCGGCCAGGUAUGACCCUAAAAAUAACCCCGGUCCAGGUAUACCCCAAAAACUAACCCCUCCAGGAUGACCCUAAAUAACCCCGGUCCAGGAUGCCUAACUAACCCCGGUCCAGGGAUGACCCAACUAAAACCCGGCCGGGUUACCCUAACUAAACCCCGGUCAUAUACCUAACAACCCCCGGCCAGGUAUGACCCUAACUAACCCCCGGCCAGGUAUGACCCCCAACAACCCGGUCCCGGUAGACCCCCGACCCCAACCAAAACCCCGGGCCAGGUAUGACCCGACCCUAAAAACCCCCCGGGCCCCGGGAUGACCCCCAAAUAACCCGGCCAGGUUGACCCCAAUCCCCCCCUCCAGGUAUGACCCCUAACUAAAACCCCCGGGCCAGGUUUACCCUAACUAAAAAACCCGGUCCCGGAGACCCUAACUAACCCCGGGGGGAGGUAUGCCCCAACUAACCCGGUGGAGGGGAUGACCCUAACAAACCCCCGGUGGAGGUUGACCCAAAAUAAAACCCCCGGCCAGGUAGACCCUAAAAACCCCCGGCCAGGAUGACCCUAAAAACCCUAACCCUGGGGAGGGAGACCCUAAUACCCCGGUCCAGGUUGACCCCAACAAACCCCCUCCAGGAUGACCCCAACUAACCCCGGUCCAGGAUGACCCAACUAACCCGGGCCCCGGAUACCUAAAAACCGGGGGCCCGGUAUGACCCUAAAUAACCCGGUGGAGGUAUGACCCUAACUAACCCCGGUGGAGGUAUGACCCUAACUAACCCUGAUCCAGGUAUGACCGUAACUAACCCUGGUCCAGGUAUGACCCUAACCCUGACAGUAACUUGUCUGUAAUUGAUUUGAUACAGUUACACGCUGUAUUUCAUUGAUCCUGUUGUAUUCUGAUCUGUUGCCAGGCCAAGAGGGCAGAACCCUCCAGUGUGGUGGACUAUGAGAAGAUAGAUGAAGAUGCCAGAGUAAGAACCAAUAUCUCUGUCACUAUGGCUACAUCAACCAUAUCUAAACAUCUAUAAAUGAAUAAGCCCAGCUGUUUGAGUUGAGUAAAGGUUCACUACAAUAGAAGUUUUACAUAAUGGUGUCUAGUAUGAUACCGCACAGGCCCUGUAUGUUUAUUGGUGUAAAUCCAUUUACAUACUGUAUAUAUAAAUGGUAUGUAUGUUAUCGCUCCAGGCCUCUUAUGUUUAAAGUUAUUAGUACGGCCAUCAUAUAUAUGUGUUCUUCCCAGGCCCUGUAUGAUGCUGGAGUGAAGAGGAAAGGAACGGAUGUGGCCACCUGGAUCUCCAUCAUGUCAGAGAGGAGUGUUCCCCACCUGCAGAAAGGUACAUACCUGGCAGACUGACUAACACCGGCAGAAAGGUAAUACCUGGCAGACUGACUAACACCGGCAGAAAGGUACAUACCUGGCAGACUGACUAACCCCGGCAGAAAGGUACAUACCUGGCAGACUGACUAACACCGGCAGAAGAAAGGUACAUACCUGGCAGACUGACUAACACCGGCAGAAAGGUACAUACCUGGCAGACUGACUAACACCUGCAGAAAGGUACAUACCUGGCAGACUGACUAACACCUGCAGAAAGGUACAUACCUGGCAGACUGACUAACACCGGCAGAAAGGUAAAUACCUGACAGACUGACUAACACCGGCAGAAAGGUAAAUACCUGACAGACUGACUAACACCGGCAGAAAGGUACAUACCUGGCAGACUGACUAACACCGGCAGAAAGGUAAUACCUGACAGACUGACUAACACCGGCAGAAAGGUACAUACCUGACAGACGACUAACACCGGCAGAAAGGUACAUACCUGGCAGACUGACUAACACCGGCAGAAAGGUACAUACCUGACAGACUGACUAACACCGGCAGAAAGGUACAUACCUGACAGACUGACUAACACCGGCAGAAAGGUAACAUACCUGACAGACUGACUAACACCUGCAGAAAGGUACAUACCUGGCAGACUGACUAACACCUGCAGAAAGGUACAUACCUGGCAGACUGACUAAAACCGGCAGAAAGGUACAUACCUGACAGACUGACAACACCGGCAGAAAGGUACAUACCUGGCAGACUGACUAACACCGGCAGAAAGGUACAUACCUGGCAGACUGACUAACACCGGCAGAAAGGUACAUACCUGGCAGACUGACUAACACCGGCAGAAAGGUACAUACCUGGCAGACUGACUAACACCGGCAGAAAGGUACAUACCUGGCAGACUGACUAACACCGGCAGAAAGGUACAUACCUGGCAGACUGACUAACACCUGCAGAAAGGUACAUACCUGCAGACUGACUAACACCUGCAGAAAGGUACAUACCUGGCAGACUGACUAACACCUGCAGAAAGGUACAUACCUGGCAGACUGACUAACACCGGCAGAAAGGUACAUACCUGACAGACAGACUAACACCUGCAGAAAGGUACAUACCUGGCAGACAGACUAACACCGGCAGAAAGGUACAUACCUGGCAGACAGACUAACACCUGCAGAAAGGUACAUACCUGGCAGACUGACUAACACCGGCAGAAAGGUACAUACCUGACAGACUGACUAACACCUGCAGAAAGGUACAUACCUGGCAGACUGACUAACACCCGGCAGAGAAAGAAAGGUACAUACCUGACAGACUAACACCGGCAGAAAGGUACAUACCUGGCAGACUGACUAACACCGGCAGAAAGGUACAUACCUGGCAGACUGACUAACACCGGCAGAAAGGUAAAUACCUGACAGACUGACUAACACCUGCAGAAAGGUACAUACCUGACAGACUGACUAACACCGGCAGAAAGGUACAUACCUGGCAGACUGACUAACACCUGCAGAAAGGUAAAUACCUGACAGACUGACUAACACCGGCAGAAAGGUAAAUACCUGACAGACUGACUAACACCGGCAGAAAGGUACAUACCUGACAGACUGACUAACACCGGCAGAAAGGUACAUACCUGGCAGACUGACUAACACCGGCAGAAAGGUACAUACCUGACAGACUAACACCGGCAGAAAGGUACAUACCUGGCAGACUGACUAACACCUGCAGAAAGGUACAUACCUGACAGACAGACUAACACCUGCAGAAAGGUACAUACCUGGCAGACAGACUAACACCGGCAGAAAGGUACAUACCUGGCAGACAGACUAACACCGGCAGAAAGGUACAUACCUGGCAGACAGACUAACACCGGCAGAAAGGUACAUACCUGGCAGACUGACUAACAGAGACUAUAAGCAUAUACCAGCUACAUGAACCGAACUCAUAUGAAUAGUACAUAGCAUCAGUAUGAGCAUGUUCUGUCUCUGUGGAUGUUAACAGAUCCCUGUCCUCCCGAGGUGUUCUGUCUCUGUGGAUGUUAACAGAUCCUGUCCUCCCGAGGUUUCUGUUCUGUGGAUGUUAACAGAUCCCUGUCCUCCCGAGGUGUUCUGUCUCUGUGGAUGUUAACAGAUCCCUGUCCUCCCAAGGUGUUCUGUCUCUGUGGAUGUUAACAGAUCCCUGUCCUCCCGAGGUGUUCUGUCUCUGUGGAUGUUAACAGAUCCCUGUCCUCCCGAGGGUUCUGUCUCUGUGGAUUUAACAGAUCCCUGUCCUCCCGAGGUGUUCUGUCUCUGUGGAUGUUAACAGAUCCCUGUCCUCCCGAGGUGUUCUGUCUCUGUGGAUGUUAACAGAUCCCUGUCCUCCCGAGGUGUUCUGUCUCUGUGGAUGUUAACAGAUCCCUGUCCUCCCAAGGUGUUUGACAGGGAUCUGGCAGUCUGACUGUGUGAUGUCUGCUCCAGUGUUUGACAGGUAUAAGAGCUACAGUCCAUAUGACAUGCAGGAGAGCAUCAGGAAGGAGGUGAAGGGAGACCUGGAGAAGUCCUUCCUCACACUUGGUAAGUCAUUACUUUAAACCAGGGGUGUCAAACUUAUGCCACGGAGGACCGAGUGUCUGCAGGUUUUUGGUUUGUCCUUUCAAUUAAGACGUGGAAAGCCAGGUGAGGGGAGUUCCUUACUAAUUCGCGACCUCAAUUCAUCAAUCAAGGACAAGGGUGGCGAGAGAACCUGAAGAUACUCGGCACUCUGUGGAAUGAGUUUGACAUGUGCUUUAAAUCUACCAUUACUGAUUCAACUAGAUUAUAACUCCAUAAAUCAACAGCCAAACUACUGUAGCAGGUUAUCUGACAGUUCCUCUGUCUCUGUGUCCCAGUUGAGUGUUUUGAGAACAAGCCGCUGUACUUUGCCAACAGACUCGCAGAGGCCAUGAAGGUAAUUAAUAAAACAUAUACAGUAUAUAUUCCUGGUUCUUUACUAUUCUAGUUAUUUGGGACUUGGGGAACAGAUGUAGAAACAGUACAACAUGUCUCUGAAUACAGCAGAUAGCAGCAGCGGAUAGCAGCAGUUUACACCACGUUGCAUCAUGUAGCGCUGAGAAGUUCAGAUUGCUUAAUGUGCAGAGUACUGCUAUUCCUACUGCUAGCUGCUACUCCUACUGCUAGCUGCUACUUCCUACUGCUAGCUGCUAUUCCUACUGCUAGCUGCUACUCCUACUGCUAGCUGCUACUCCUACUGCUAGCUGCUACUCCUACUGCUAGCUGCUAUUCCUACUGCUAGCUGCUACUCCUACUGCUAGCUGCUACUCCUACUGCUAGCUGCUACUCCUACUGCUAGCUGCUACUUCCUACUGCUAGCUGUUAUUCCUACUGCUACUGCUAUCCUUGCUAGCUCCUACUGCUAGCUGCUACUCCUACUGCUAGCUGCUAUUUCCUACUGCUAGCUGCUAUCCUGCGCUACUCUACGCUAGCUGCUACUUCCUACUUGCUAGCUGCUACUCCUACUGCUAGCUGCUACUCCUACUGCUGCUACUCCUACUGCUAGCUGCUACUCCUGCUAUCCUGCUAGCUGCUACUCCUACUGCUAGCUGCUACUCCUACUGCUAGCUGCUACUCCUACUGCUAGCUGCUAUUCCUACUGCUAGCUGCUACUCCUACUGCUAGCUGCUACUCCUACUGCUAGGUACACUCCUACUGCUAGCUGCUACUCCUACUGCUAGCCUACAUACUGUGUGUCUCUCCUGUCCAGAGUAAAGGGGCUUUGGAGAAGGUGGUGUUAAUAUGAUGUAUAUUUAGAAUCUGCAAGGUGAUCAUUUAAUGUCUAUUUAUAAUCUGCAGGGUGAUAAUAUGAUGUACACUACCGGUCAAAGGUUUUACACCACCUACUCAUUCAAGGGUUUUCCUUUUAUUUUCUACAUUGUAGAAUAACAGGGAAGACAUCAAAACUAUGAAACAACACAUAUGGAAUAAUGUAGUAACCAAAAAAUUGUAUAUUUGAGAUUCUUCAAAUAGUCACCCUUUGCCUUGGUGACAGCUUUGCACACUCUUGGCAUUCUCUCAACCUUCACCUGGAAUGCUUUUCCAACAGUCUUGAAGGAGUUCCCACAUAUGCUGAGCAUUUGUUGGCUGCUUUUCCUUCACUCUGCGAUCCAACUCAUCCCAAACCAUCUCAAUUGGGUUGAGGUCGGGGGACUGUGGAGGCCAGGUCAUCUAAUGCAGCACUCCAACACUCUCCUUCUUGGUAAAAUAGCCCUUACACAGCCUGGAGAUGUGUUGGGUAAUUGUCCUGUUGAAAAACAAAUGAUAGUCCCACUAAGCCCAAACCAGAUGGGAUGGCGUAUCGCUGCAGAAUGCUGUUUAAGUGUGCCUUGAAUUCUAAAUAAAUCACAGACAGUGUCACCAGCAAAGCACCCCCAUACCAUAACACCUCCUCCUCCAUGCUUUACGGUGGGAAAUAUACAUGCGGAGAUCAUCCGUUCACCCACACCGCGUCUCACAAAGACACUGCGGUUGGAACCAAAAAUCUCAAAUUUGGACAAAGUACAAAUAUCCACCGGUCUAACGUCCAUUGCUCGUGUUUCUUGGCCCAAGCAAGUCUCUUCUUAUUAUUGGUGUCCUUUAGUAGUGGUUUCUUUGCAGCAAUUUGACCAUGAAGGCCUGAUUCACGCAGUCUCCUAUGAACAGUUGAUAUUGAUAUGUGUCUGUUACUUGAACUCUGUGAAGCAUUUAUUUGGGCUGCAAUUUCUGAGUCUUUUAUCAAAUAGGACUAUCUUCUGUAUAACCCCCCCCCCCCCAUGUAUUAAGAAGGAAAGGAAUACCACAAAUUAACUUUUAACAAGGCAGACCAGUUAACUGAAAAGCAUUCCAGGUGACUACCUCAUGAAGCUGGUUGAGAGAAUGCCUAGCGUGUGCAAAGCUGUCAUCAAGGGAAAGGGUGGCUAUUUGAAGAAUUUCAAAUAUAAAAUAUAUUUUGAUUUGUUUAACACUUCUUUGGUUACUACAUGAUUCCAUAUGUGUUAUUUCAUAGUGUUGAUGUCUUCACUAUUAUUCUACAAUGUAGAAAAUAGUAAAAAUAAAGAAAAACCGUUGAAUGAGUAGGUGUUCUAAAACUUUUGACCGGUAGUGUAUAUUUAUAAUCUGCAGGUUGAUAAUAAGCUGUAUAUUUAUAAUCUGCAGGGUAAAAGUGCGAAGGAGAAGGUGGUGACGAGGAUCAUGGUGUCUCGCUGUGAAGUCGACCUCAUGAAGAUCAGAACAGAGUUCAAGAGUCAGACCGGCAAGUCUCUGUCCCAGACCAUCACUGUGAGUACUACACUACAAUAAUACACCACCAUCCAAAACCAACCCCCACAAACACAACAAACACCCUAGCACCUCCCCACACUAACAAGACCACAUCAAUACCACUACAACCCUAGCACCUCCCCACACUAACAUACACCACAUCAAUACCACUAACACCCUAGCCCCCUCCCCACACUAACAUAGACCACAUCAAUACCACUACACCCUAGCACCUCCCCACACUAACAUAACACAUCAAAACCACUACACCCUAGCACCUCCCCACACUAACAUAGACCACAUCAAUACACUACACCCUAGCACCUCCCCACACUAACUAGACCCCAUCAAUACCACUACACCCUAGCACCUCCCCACACUAACACAGACCACAUCAAUACCACUACACCCUAGCACCUCCCCACACUAACAUAGACCACAUCAUACCACUACACCCUAGCACCUCCCCACACUAACAUAGACCACAUCAAUACCUAGCACCUAGCACCUCCCCACACAACAUACACAAUCAGACCACUCACCUAGCACCUCCCCACUAACAUACACACAUCAUCCACUAACCCUAGCACCUCCCCACACUAAAAUACACCACAUCAAUACCACUACACCCUAGCACCUCCCCACACUAACAUAGACCACAUCAAUACCACUACACCCUAGCACCUCCCCACACUAACAUACACCACAUCAAUACCACUACACCCUAGCACCUCCCCACACUAACAUAGACCACAUCAAUACCACUGCACCCUAGCACCUCCCCACACUAACAUAGACCACAUCAAUACCACUACACCCUAGCACCUCCCCACACUAACACACACCACAUCAAUACCACUACACCCUAGCACCUCCCCACACUAACAUAGACCACAUCAAUACCACUGCACCCUAGCACCUCCCACACUAACAUACACCACAUCAAUACCACUCCCACCCUAGCACCCCCACACUAACAUACACCCAUCAAUAGCACUACACCUAGCACCUCCCCACACUAACAUAGACCACAUCAAUACCACUACACCCUAGCACCUCCCCACACUAACAUAGACCACAUCAAUACCACUACACCCUAGCACCUCCCCACACUAACACAGACCACAUCAAUACCACUGCACCCUAGCACCUCACUAUAUCACUCCACCCUACCGUACCACCUCCUCACAUCCUCUCUCCUUCUACAAACCCCAUUGGAGGAGAAAGCCAGAGGUCCCUCCCCUCUGACCUUCUCCUCCAAUGGGUUUUGAGAAGGAGAGAGAGUACGCAAUCUUCCACAUGUCUGCUAGGCCCUAAUCCUGAUGUCUCUGCCCCCCAUGACCCCACCAUGACCCUGUGCCUCUCUCCUCUCCAGGAGCACACUAAGGGGGAUUACCAGAAGGCCAUGCUAGCUCUGUGUGGAGGAGAUGACUAAACAUCAUCUGGACUUCAUGACCUACAAGCCUUCGGUGUACUGGUCAUCAUGUCCGCUGCUGGGAAGGUUGAUUACUAGACUACAACCCCCACUGGACUACAACCCCCACUGGACUACAACCCCCACUGGACUACAACCCCCACUGGACUACAACUCCCUACAUCACCUCACCUACGUUAGAGGUUGACUAAUACUAUUGGACAUUAUCAUAUGGAUAUUCAUAGCUUCAAAAGAGAUGGCAUCAUUCUACUGAAGUCUUUCGUUAGAUGAAUAUGGUGAACCCACUGCUUACAUGUAACAAACUUAGUCAACUGGUAAUAAAGUUACUUUGCUAAAGUGUUCUUCACGUUUAUAUUUGAGAUUUUAGUCAUUUAACAGAAGCUCUUAUCCAGAGCGACU